GAGCUCAAUCAGUCUUCGUUUGUGGUCUCGCUCAGUGUUUUCAAGAAGUUCUCCCUAGUGCUCAAGAAUGGCCCUCGGAUGCCGAUUUGGGCCAACCCUGGCCAUCAGCUUGGUUCUGUUCUGCGCCGCUGGAUUGACCGGUGGCCACGAGGAGCACGAUCCCAACUACUGGAACCACCAGGCUCACGAGCUGCUGUUCGAGAAGAAGGACUACACCAUGCAGAAAAUUAACAUUGCCAAAAACAUUAUGGUUUUCGUCGGGGCUGGAAUGUCCCCGGCGACCGUUACGGCGGCUCGGACCUUCGCCGGUGCCGAAAACGAAACGUUUGCCUUCGAAAAGAUGAAAUGGAGCGGUAAUGCUCGGACCUAUUGCGUGGACAGCCGGGUGCCGGACAGUGCCUGUGCCGGGACGGCCUUUUUGACCGGUGUCAAGAGCAACCUGGGCACGGUGGCCAUGCAUCCGACCGUGAAACGUGGUGACUGUGUCGCCACUAGCGAUAAGGUGAAACAGCUCGAGUCCAUCGCCAAGUGGGCACUCGACGCCGGCAAGGUGGUCGGUUUCGCCACGACAUCUCGCGUUACCGCCGGUUCCAGCGCCGCCCUGUAUGGCCACUCGGCGGACGCCCGCUGGGAGAACGACGCGGAGAAAACCAAGACCGGAAAACAUGAAGGCAUAAAUUCAAACGUCUGUCAACUCUAUCUCUUUCAGGGAGAACUGGCCGCGCUGGACACAUCCAAAAUUGACCACCUCCUGGGGCUGUUCGACUACGACCAGCUACCGUACGCCGCCGACGUGGGCAACGGCCAGAACCCGGACACACCGCCACUGGUUCGCAUGGUGCACUACUCGCUGGAAAUGCUCCAGAAGAAGGAACAUUCGAACGGGUUUCUGCUGUUUGUCGAGGACGGUAACAUUCUGAGGGCACACCAGGAAAACAAACCCAACAAGGCGUUCCAGCAGGUGGCGCACUACUCGAUGGCCUUUGACAUGGGCCACAUGAUGGUUUCGGAGACAAACUCGCUGGUUGUCUCGUUGAACGACGUUGGAAGUACGCUGUCGCUGCCCGGAUAUCCGGCACGUGACACCGACGCUCUGGUGUCCGCCGGCACUAGCGACCAGGACUCCAAGCCGUACCUCAGCGUGUCGUACGCCACCGGCCCGGGAUUCGACUCGUACUACAAGCUCCCCGAGGGUCGGUUGGAUCCGGUGACGGUGCUGCAGAAUGCGGCCACCCCUGCCAAGGAACGAACCUGCUCGGCCUCGGUUCCGAUGACGGCGGGAGUCAACGGGGGAGAGGACGCAAUGGUGUACGCGAGUGGACCGUGGGCGUUCAUGCUGUCCGGAGCGUACGAGCAGAACUUUGUCGCCCACGCCAUUACGUUCGCGUCCUGCAUCACGGACGUGUGCGGGGGUGCCUCGAGCGUUGUCCUGUCGGCGGCCACCGUCCUGUUGGCCAUCGUGGUGAAACUAUUCGCUUGAGAAGUGAAAAUAACCCCCAGUUAGGAACGGUGAGACCACAACGGCUGAAAGAUCCACUAAGAACAAAACCAAAAGUAUUUGAAAAAGAAAUAUAAACUCCACUACUGUAGAAGGCUCGUAAUGCUAGUUAAGUUAGGUUAUCAAUUUGUACUGUUAAAAUAAAUCGUUAGCUAAUAA